UAGAAGCAGCGACAGUAUACAGAGUAUACAAGAGCAGUAACAAAGUAUACAGAGCAUACAGAUGCAGUAACAGAGUAUAUGGAAGUAGCAAAAGUAUACAAGAGCAGUAACAGUCAAGAAAGUAGACAGAGUAUACAAGAGCAGUAACAAAGUAUACAGAGUAUACAACAUAAAGAAGCAGAACAUGGAGCGACACACCGCUCCUGCAACAAACCAACAGGAUAAUCCUCCAUAACCUGCAGAGAUCAGAGAUCAGAAUGCAGGGAGUCUGCAGAACAGCUGAUCAUCCAGCUGAAGUGAUCUACAAGAGAGAGACAAAGGAAAUUAAUAUAGGAAAUUCCGAAGGUUAAAGAAGACCACCAGUAUAAAAUACUAUGGCACUCCAACUGACCUCCGUGAAUUGUAGAGGCUUGAAAACCCCAAUCAAAAGAGACAAGAACAAGUCUCCAUCCGCCCUGGAAUGUAAGGAUGAGGAAAUAUGGAGAGGCUGAGAGCCAAGUACAACUCCGCGCAGUCCCGGCUGGCAGACACUCAGCGAGUUUUCGUGGGUCCACAUAUGGAGAGUGCUGGAUCCUCUUACAACAGUCAUCUGGGAACAGCUGAAGGAGGAGCAGAGAUGAUCAUUCCUUCAUUCAAGACAUCCAUGACCUAAAAACUUCACAUAUAAUGGUCAAAGAUCCUCGCAUGAUGGUUAACCCAUCGUCACUCUAAAUUAGGACGUCAUUGGAAGGGAUUGCAGUUUAUAGGACAUUGUUGGCGUCCAUUAACUGCAUACCACAAUGUCCCUCAACACCUCCAUGAACAAUACGAACCCUCCAGUCCAGGUGGUCAUCCCAGACAUGUCUCUGUUCACCGUCCCCAUCACCAUUUGCCUCCUGACAGUCCUCAUCUGCCUGGUGGGUCUGGUCGGUAAUGGGAUUACAAUCUAUCUCUUCUGUUUUCGCCUCAAGUUGAACCAGUCGACGGUCUACAUCCUGAAUUUAGCCAUGGCGGAUUUCAUCUUCGUUUUUGGCUGCUGCAUGGUGUCGUUGUACUUCCUGUGCGUGUAUAAUAGAGUCCCCACCUCUCAGCAGAGUGACACUGUAUUCUCUGGGUUUGGGGAGUUCCUGAACAGUUUUGGGUUUAAUUCCAGUCUCUUCUUUUUGGCUAUUCUCAGCAUUGAACGCUGCCUCUCUGUUUGCUUUCCGAUUUGGUACAAGUGUCGUCGCCCUGAGCACUUGUCGGCCAUAUUGUGUGGCAUUAUAUGGAUUAUUUCAGUCUUCAUAACUGUGCUGGAGAGGUUCCUCAUCCCUGAAUCCAGGUCCACCGUGUACGCAGUUAUAUCGGUCAUAUUCCUGAUUGUGACUCUGUUCAUGUUUGGCUCCAGUGCCGUCCUUCUCAUAGAGAUCCAGAAGACGUCCAUCCAAUGCCGGCCCAUAAAACUGUACAUAGUUGUUGUGUCCGCGGUCAUCACCUUCCUCAUCUCUCUGGUUCCAGCCACCAUGGUGAGACUCUUGUUCUUCUUUUCGUUCGUACCUACAGGAAAGAUAAAGAUCCUCAGCUACAUUAUGAUUUCUUUGUGUUCUGCCAUCAAUUCUACGGUCAAUCCCUACAUCUACAUCAUUGUGGGGAGAUGGAGGAAGAAUGUCCCCACCGCCAAGGCUCUCGAAUCCGUCUUCAAGGAAGAACAUGGAAGGUCUUCAGAAGGAGACGAAUCUCUGGAGACCCAACAAACUGACACUGAGCCCAAACCAAACACUUUAAGUGUGAACAGGGACGAAAGACACAAAGGCUCAUCACAAUAACUUCUUGUCCCCGAGUGUUCUGCUACUCAAGGCUCCUCCUGAUGAAGAAGUAGAAAGUGUGGGGUCUCUGUCUCUAUGGUAGCCAAGAGCUUUCCCAGUCACCUUUUAUCUUACUUUUUUCACAUAUAUACAGUGGUCCCUCAACAUACAAUGGUAAUCCGUUCCAAAUGGACCAUCGUUUGUUGAAACCAUCGUAUAUUGAGGGAUCCGUGCAAUGUAAAGUAUA